CUGGAAAGGCUUUUUUGCGCCUGCGUGCUCGGAAGACCUCUGGCCCAGAGACCCGUGCAGAAAGUCCAGAAGGGGCUCUCCAAACAACUUUCACUAUUCAAUUUUCCAUUGUAGGUAAUGUCAAAUCUUUCCACCUUUGUGCCUGUAAACAUUUUUCUGAAGAAACAAGGCUUCUAAUUGGAAUCCCGAUGGUUUCUUUGUAUCGGUCGCUGGGAUUGGCUCUUCCCCAGUUAAGCAGGCCAACGAAUAUUCGAAAUUUCAGCCUCAGCAAUGUGUGCAGUUAUAUCCAGAAGAUGACUCGUGUGCGAGUGGUUGAUAACAGCGCCUUGGGGAACACGCCGUAUCACCGGCCUCCAAAAUGUAUCCACGUCUACACCAAAAACGGAGUGGGCAAAGUGGGUGACCGAAUUCUUCUGGCUAUCAAAGGGGAAAAGAAAAAGGCUUUAAUUGUGGGGUGCAAGUUUCCUGGGCCUCGCAUGACUCCUCGGUUUGAUUCUAACAACGUGGUGCUCAUCGAAGAUAAUGGGACUCCAGUUGGGACGCGGAUCAAAGCUCCCAUUCCUUCCCUGCUGAGGAAAAAAAAAGAAUACUCCAAAGUGUUGGCCAUUGCCACAGACUUUGUAUAACUACCUGGGAGGCACUGCGUGAGAAACAAGGGGAUGUUGUGGGACUGUCCCUUGAGUUGCAUUUCUCUUUUCAUUCCCAGAAUUGAGGAAGAAGUGUUUGAAAAAAAAGUAGGAAGAGGAUGGCGGGGAGUGCUAAGACAUCUUUGGGGGAAAAUACACUUUCCACUAUUUUGGGUAACAGUUGUUCUUCUGACCUAGUUUAAUUAAAGUCAGAUUGUUAAUUAAA